AUGGAGCCCUACCUACGUGUGUAUAUAGAGCAGAUGGAGCCCUACCUACGUGUGUAUAUAGAACAGAUGGAGCCCUACCUACGUGUGUAUGUAGAACAGAUGGAGCCCUACCUACGUGAGUAUGUAGAACAGAUGGAGCCCUACCUACGUGUGUAUAUAGAGCAGAUGGAGCCCUACCUACGUGUGUAUGUAGAACAGAUGGAGCCCUACCUACGUGUGUAUAUAGAGCAGAUGGAGCCCUACCUACGUGUGUAUGUAGAACAGAUGGAGCCCUACCUACGUGAGUAUGUAGAACAGAUGGAGCCCUACCUACGUGUGUAUAUAGAGCAGAUGGAGCCCUACCUACGUGUGUAUGUAGAACAGAUGGAGCCCUACCUACGUGUGUAUAUAGAGCAGAUGGAGCCCUACCUACGUGUGUAUGUAGAACAGAUGGAGCCCUACCUACGUGAGUAUGUAGAACAGAUGGAGCCCUACCUACGUGUGUAUGUAGAACAGAUGGAGCCCUACCUACGUGUGUAUGUAGAACAGAUGGAGCCCUACCUACGUGGGUAUGUAGAACAGAUGGAGCCCUACCUACGUGUGUAUGUAGAACAGAUGGAGCCCUACCUACGUGGGUAUGUAGAACAGAUGGAGCCCUACCUACGUGUGUAUGUAGAACAGAUGGAGCCCUACCUACGUGUGUAUGUAGAACAGAUGGAGCCCUACCUACGUGUGUAUGUAGAACAGAUGGAGCCCUACCUACGUGGGGUAGAGAACAGAUGGAGCCCUACCUACGUGUGUAUGUAG